AUGGAUAUCUCGUAUCAGUUAUGGUCGCUGGUAGAGCAGGCGCGGCGUUCAGCGACCACGCCGCCAGCGAGCAUUACCCUCCCUUCCCGUCGAACGCGAACCACGGAAGAGACUCAGGCAACCGACUCUUUGCUGACCACCUCCCAAGCGCUUGACCGUGCCGCUGACAUGGCGAUCGAUCGCGCCACGGCGCACAUUUCCGCUGUCAUGGCCGCUCUCGACGCAGUGACACCAAGCUCCUUAGCGCACCUGCAGAACAGCCUUCUGCUCUCGGACGCGGAGCUGCUUUCCGUAAGCAGCUCACUCAAUGCAUUCACGGAGACCCUCACCAAGGUCACUGCACUCACGGAGGCACGACGUCGGCGCGGUCGCUUCAACGGCGCACCUUCAACCGCCACAGGCACGGAUGACGCCGUAGAGGAUUUCGCAGGGGACAAACCAGGUGGACAAGAUGGAAAUUCCCGAAGUGGCGUUGUCGCGCAUCUUCGACAGGCAGUCUCCACUCUGCAGCAGCGGAUUGCCUCAAAGCGGCUACACGUCGCCCUGGCGAAGGAGGAGUUGGCCCUGUACAAGACGGAGCUGUUUCUCUACGGUCACUGCGGCGUGCUCGCCUGCUCGGACGAGGUGGCGGCUGAGCUCGCCCGCUGCGUGGAGGCGACGCGCAAAGCGGCAGUUUCGCGGGGACAGCAUGGCGCCAAGGCAAUUGAGGGUGCGGAAGUGAAUGCACUCUCUGCUGGCGGUGGCGGGCAGCAGCGGCGUCAUCACACAUCGUCAAAGUCACCCGCUCCGAUGCCGGGCUUUGGCACGACGUUUCGUGUAGUAGACGGGAUGGUGCAGCGGGCCGCCGAAACCGUCAAAGCAGCUGGCAGUCACGCCGAUUCGGCACUGCAUGUCGCACUCACGGGUGGCCACGCUGCGGCGCGGCAGCUACUGCACGCCGGCACUGCUUCUGUCGCGGAGAUCCUUAUGCUCGGCGCGCUCCCGCGCCGCGGCAGCUGCGGCAACCUCUCGACCCCAGCUGCUGAGACACUCGUGGCGACUGCAGGAGGUGGUGCGCCCCGGCUGCCGACCCUUCAGCCGUACGAGCUCACGAAUGAAGAGGAGGCGCAUCUGCAAGAGCAGAAUCGCGCGCUUCUUGAGGCUCAGCGUCAGGCAUCCGCACAGGAUGCCAAGGCAGUCGAGGCUCUGGUGAGAGAGCUAUCGCAGCUGACCUCGCUGAUGAACGAGCAGGUGGUGCAGCAAACGGAGCAGUUUUCGCUGAUCUUCAAGAACACGGAAGCGGCGCACACGAACGUCAAAAAGGCGAUGAACGAGGUAGAGAAGCCCCUGAGCGCCUUUUGGAAUCCGACGCGGCAGCUCGUGGCGCUCCUCUGGUUAUGCAUGGCUGUUCUCGUCACCGUGAACUGGGCCUCACGGUGA